AUGAACUGGCUCAAGUCGACUCUCUCAGCGGCCGUGGGCACGCAGGAGCCCAUCUAUGGCCCCGAAGCCAUCCAGUCGGUCGCGAAGCAGGCCGAGGAGACGCCCUACACCGUGCUGAGCAAGGAUGACUUGCGUUGGAAGGCCUACCAGUACACCAAUGUCGAGACCCAGACCUUCUACAUCAUGGCCGACAACGGCACAUUGGUCAUGGUCCAGGUCAUCUACAGCAACAUUGUGGGCAUCCAUACUACCGCGCACUUCAACACGAAGAUCUUCAACCUCCAGGGCAAUGGUGACCACGUCUGGCACUCCGAUCCUCUCACCAACUUCAUGUUCGACGAGCACAUGCUUUCCUUCGGCGCGGAUAACAUGACCAUUACCCUCAACGAGGAGGGCGACUCCUACACCAUCAAGUCUACUGUCAACCCGAACAGUCUGGUGGACCUCAAGUUCACCCGCAAGGCCCCCGGCUUCGCCGUCGGGAAGAACGGUACCUCCUACUUCGGAACCGACCCCAAGAACCCGUGGGGCUCCAUGAGCCACGCCUUCUGGGCCCGCUGUGCGGUCGAGGGUACUAUUACCACCAAGGAGAAGACGUACGACCUGACCGGUCGCGGUGUCUUCAUCCCGGCUCUGCAGGGCAUGAAGCCUCACCACGCAGCUGCCCGCUGGAACUUCAUCAACUUCCAGACCCCCACUUACUCCGCCAUCAUGAUGGAGUUCACCACUCCCCCCUCCUACGGCUCCACCAAGGUCAACGUUGGUGGUAUUCUCAAGGACGGCGAGAUUAUCUACGCCGGCGCCGGUAACACGAUCACCCAUACCGCCUCGGCUCUCGACCCCGAGAGCGAGUGGCCCGAGCCUACCUCCAUCAAGUGGGAGUGGACCGGCAAGUCCGCUGACGGCCAGGAGGUCUCCGCCGAGGUCGACGGCGCUCUUGGCAAGCGUCUGGAUCGCGUCGAUGUUAUGGGAGAGGUUCCCGGCUUUAUCAAGGCCAUUGCUGGCAGUGUCGCCGGUACACGCCCGUACAUCUUCCAGUACUCGCCAAAGGAGAAGCUGUCCUUGAAGCUGAAGAUCGGUGAUACCGAGAUUGUUGAAGAAGGAUUCAUGUUCUCAGAGUCGACCUUCAUCUCCUAA